AGUUAAUUCAACUAAUCAACUCAUCAUGAAUAGUGGAAUCAGGUGUGUUAAUGCUAGGUUUAAAAACUACAAUGUGCUCCACUUUGGGUUCCCAGGACCAGGAUUAAGACACACUGAUGUGAAGUGUGUUGUGACUGACUCACUUGACUUGACUAGGUGAUGGGGGUGCCGGUGGUGGUGAGCGAUAGUAGUGGGUCCAGAAACCUCCGCAGCCUCCUCAAGAUGCCUAAGCUCCUUACACAGUCCUUCUGUGACGAGCUGGACAGGAAGAAGAAAGCCGUGUCCUUCUUUGAUGACGUCACCGUCUUCCUGUUCGACCAGGAGAGCCCCACAGGAGAGCUGGCUGACUUCACGUUUCCCCCAGGAGCAGAGUCCAGCGGCCAGGCCUCAGGCGGGGAGAACCCCCAGCCGGACCUCCAGCCCCACCCCACCAUGGGCCACCACCACCACCACCCCACCAUGGGCCACCACCUCCACCCCCCAGGCAGGGCACCACACGCCUCAGAGGACUCUGAUGGCAACAUGUCAGAAGAAGGUGGUGGGUUUGAGUGGGAGGAUGACAUCCCAUUGAUGACCAGCCCGUUGUCCAGCCCGUCUACAGCUGAGCCACCGGUCUCCGAUCCCAUCCCGGUCCCUGCUGCCAAGCCUCCCGAGGACAAGCCUCCCGAGGGCAAGCCUCCCGAGGGCAAGCCGGUAGCAGUAACAGCAGCAUCACAGUUCUCCCGUUUCAGCGUGUCCCGCUCCCGCUUCUCCAUCACACACGUCCCCAAUCCAGACAUGAACUCUGGAGGGAGCAGUGAAGAUGGAGAGAGGCAGUGAAAGAAGGAUUGAAGGGGUCUUCUCCAUGACAGGAAGGAGUAUACCUCCUCUCCUAGUAUGACUACCAGGUGUUCAGACCUGGGAUCUCAAGGACCUGAUGACCCUGUAUGAGCCAAUGCCUUGUAUCGUAGUGACUCAACAUCUACAUUCCAAAUGACAGCCUAUUCCCUAUGUGCCCUGGUCAACAAUAGUGGAAAACAUAGGGAACAGGGUGCCAUUUCGGAUGCAGACAAACACCUUAAUGGUUCCUUCUCUUACUUUGUAUUAUUACUCCAGAGAGAGACAGAGAGAUAGCUGUAGGAACGAUGACAGAGUCCUGAGAGGACCACAACCAAGCAGUAUGUGACUGAUAAUAUAGAUGUAUUAGAGAUAUAUAACAUCUACACUUAUGACAAUUAUUAAUAACGUAUUUGCUCAAAUCACCAUUGACGUUCAGUAGCGUCAAGUCAUUUGGUGAAAAGGAAAAAGAGACAAAAAAAUGAAAAAAUGACAAGACUUGGUCUCAUUGCUGCUCUCUCAUUGGCUGCUUUGGUCCUCCAUCUGCUUGCUCAUCGGCUGGUUGGAUCUUCUAGAACAGUGUUACAGUGCUUCCCUGGAGCCAUUGAAUAACGGCUGAUGACCGCCCCACAGGAAGCUGCUCUCUGUGGGGGUUCAAAGAUGAAGACAACCCCCCUUUACAAAUGACAGAGGAAUAGGGGUGGGGGUACUGCGAAACCUACUGUGCUCCCUUGACAAAGCCACAGGAAGGUGGACGGUCUUGCUGAUGUUUUAGUUCAGGGAUAAAAAAAUGUAUCAUUAUGAUGUUAUACCAUAGCAUUGAAUAUGUGUUUCUGAUUGGCUUGAAGGGCAUUCUAGAGCGUGCAUUAUUUCCGUAUAACUCACGGUAUAUUUGCACGAUAGAAAGGUCGUUCUUACAUGUUAUAUGUUUGAGUUGCUUUUGAAAGCAAAAGUUCAAUUGAAAACAUUAUUGGCAUGUUUGAAUUCGAUUUUCAUAAUGGCGAACUAGACGGAUGGUUUAGUUCGCUAAACUAGCGAGUCAGUUUGUUCGGUUACCAAGGCAACCACUGUCGCUGUCUAGUAAACUUGCUAGCUACCUUCAGUGGAUGUUAAACACAUUUCUACUGGCCAAUUAACACAUUUCUAGCAGCAAAUGUGUUCAAUUAUAACCCUGGUAUAAAAGGGAUAAUCAACUUGGGGCUCUAUGCAUACUGGAAAAGUGGAAAGUCAGCUGGAACACACCUUCCACAUCGUUCAUUAUUUUCCAUAGAACCCAUAGCCUCUGGUUGAUUAUCCCUUACAUAACAGAUCAUUAGAGCCAGAGCCCUGUUGAAAUCUAUGUAUGUUAUAAUAUAUAUGGCUCUGCUUACAACUUGG